AUGGCUGUUCCCUCGGAUAGCGACGCUUCUUCAAUAAGCCCCCUGUCCGUGGAUCCCAUAGCUGUACCGAAUACCGCAGAAACAGAGAAACAGUCUGUCGAUGAGGACUCUACUCCUCUACCCCCUCCUCCACCCAACGGAGGUAUCUUCGCUUGGGUUCAGGUAGCCGGCGCUUUCUUCCUUUUUUUCAACUCCUGGGGCAUAAUCAAUACAUUCGGCGUCUACCAAAGCUACUAUGAAACCAGCCUGCUGAGAGACUACUCUCCAUCCUCCAUCGCCUGGAUCGGAACGGUUCAAAGUUUCCUCUUACUCUCAUUGGGAAUUAUCGUCGGUCCGAUCUUUGAUAGAGGAUAUAUCAAGUUCUUGAUAAUAGCAGGCACGUUCCUGAUUGUGUUCGGACUGAUGAUGACCUCCAUAUCAAAGGAGUACUACCAAUUCUUUUUAGCUCAUGGCGUCGCCGUCGGCCUCGGUUCUGGUCUUCUCUUCAUCCCUAGCGUUGCUAUACCCGUCACGUACUUCACCUCCCGACGAGCCGUGGCCAUUGGAAUUGCCGCAUCAGGGGGCAGCGUCGGCGCUGUAAUUUUCCCGAUCGUGUUUCACAAAUUAAUCGACCGCGUCGGGUUCGGUUGGACAACCCGUGUAAUUGCUUUUGUUGCCCUAGCCAGUCUCCUCUUCUCUAUAGCGGUGAUGAAAUCACGCCUUCCUCCUCCUACACAAGCCCGUCAGCUCCUUGAUCUCAUGGCCUUUCGUGAUAUUCCUUUCCUUAUCUACUGCCUCGCGCUCUUCUUCGACCUCGUGGGCCUCUACUUCCCCUACUUCUAUCUCCCGACCUAUUUCACUACCUACCUCCAUGCAGGCGGUAACAUCUCCUUCUACGUCCUUUCCAUUCUUAGUGCUUCUUCUUUCUUCGGUCGUAUUCGCCCAACAUGCUCGCUGAUCGUCUGGGAUCGCUGA